AAGAAGAGCGUGUUAGCAGCAGCUAGCAGCAGAAGCAUCAUGAUGGCGGCUGAGUAUGAUGUUCAGUCUGAGAUCGAGGUGCUGCAGUCCAUCUACCUGGACGAGCUGCAGGUGGACAGGAGGGAGGACGGGACGUGGGACAUCAGCCUGGUCCUGUACCCGUCCACAGCGGAGGACUCGGUGUCUCAGUUUGUCCGCCUGUCUCUGACUUUGAGCCUGGAUCAUCAGUACCCGUGCUCGUCUCCGGCAGUCUCCAUCCGGAACCCUCGUGGACUCUCUGAAGAUAAACUCAGCAGCGUCCAGAAGUGUCUGCAGCUGGAGGCCCAAUCGUGGCUCGGCUCUCCAGUGCUGUAUCAGCUCAUCGAGAAAGCAAAAGAAAUUCUGACUGAAAGUAACAUUCCUCACGAGAACUGUGUCAUCUGCCUUUAUGGCUUCAAGGAGGGAGAGGCGUUUACCAAGACCAGCUGCUACCACUACUUCCACUCCCACUGCCUCGGCCGCUACGCCAGCCACGCCGAGCGGGAGCUACGCGUGCGGGAGAAGGAGCUGGAGGAGGACAAGACCCGGGACAGAACUCUGCAGCAGGACCUGACCGUGGCGUGUCCAGUGUGCAGGGAGCCUCUGACCUACGACCUCCGCCAGCUGCUGUCGGCUCCGGCUCCCCAGCUGCCCCAGCUGGACGAGGCGUCCGUCAGCUCCGACUUCCAGCAGAAGUGGAGGGAGCUGCAGAAGCUUCUGGACAAACAGAGAGCUAAAGGUGGACUCAUCGACCCCGAGGAGGAGUCGGCCCGCUUUCUGAUCCAUAUCCAGCAGAGUUCACCUGACACUGAAAAUGAAAACCCGGAGAUUGAUGUCUCUCCUGGAUCUUCCAGCUCUAAUGAAGCCGGUGUCAACGCGGAGCGGUCCAAUCCGGGACGGUCUCAGCGUGGAGGCGUUAUGGGUCAGGUUCAGGGGAGGGGACUAAGAGGAGGCAGGUCCAGAACCCACCAGGGCAGGGCUGCCCCUGUCACAGAGCGGUUGGAGAGCCUCUACGUGUCCUCAGACCACACCGAAGAACCAGUAAAAACCAAAUCUCAGGACCAACCGGUCCAGCAGAACCCAGACUGGUUCCGGGCCAGAGCGGGGACAGAUAUCUGUGCAGAACAACAGGAGAGGUGGGUUUCUCCAAACCACCGGGCCAAGUUGGAUCUGGAAACGGACGGAACAACUUCUACAGGAGACCACGGACACCACGGAAGGAGACGAGGCCCUCGCAGACCCAUCCCACACGCCGGGGCUCCAAGACCUUCACAUCACCGCUGGGACGGCCGAGGCUCCAGGAGCCGGGGAGGACCCAGCAACCCGCGGGGCCCCCGGCGAGGUCAUCAGGACAGGGGCUUUCAGCAGAAGGUGGUGGAGCAUGGAAGAGGGGAAAUGGUAUGACAAAGGGCCACAGGAGGGUGUAUGAAGACGUGCCAUCAAAGCCCUGCAACAGGAGGAACUGUCUCUGUGGUCUCCUCACCUCCUGUCUCUGCAGUCGUCUCCUCACCUCCUGUCUCUGCAGUCGUC